AUGUACUUCACCCUUCCACUCAUUUUGGCUGCUGGCAGCCUCCCCCUCAUUUAUGGGGCUCCAGUCGCCUACUCGUCCUCGCGCGCCUCUGCAGAUGUAGUUGAAGUCGAGCAAUCCACGUCCAGUCACUCCCUCAGUGGACGUAGCACCAACCUCUACUCCGCCGUCUUUGGCGGCACCGGCCUAGUCUCCGAUGGAUGGCCCGCCGUCUCGAGCUGGGUGUCCAGCUUUGACGACAUGUUCGAAAGCAACAAGGAGAUCAUGGGAUCUUCCUGCGCACAGUGGGGUGUCGCCGAUACCACCGAGGAUGAGAUGGCCACCAUGAAGACCGCCAUCACCAAGAUCGCCGGCGAGUCUGGUGUCGAUGCCCGCUUCAUCUUGGCCAUCAUCAUGCAGGAGAGCAACGGCUGUGUCCGUGUCCACACUACCAACAAUGGCGUCGUCAACCCGGGUCUCAUGCAGUCUCACAACGGCAAGGGCAGCUGCAACACUGGUAUCAGCACCCCCGAGAACGUCCAGAACCCCUGCCCCGAGUCCGAGAUCGAGCAGAUGAUCCGUGAUGGUACCAUGGGUACCUCCGACGGUGACGGUCUGCAGCAGCUCAUCCAGGCCAACGGCGGCACUGGAGACGUCACUGCCUACUACAAGGCUGCCCGAUGCUACAACUCUGGCUCGGUGGCUUCCAAUGGCAACCUGGGCGAUGGCAUCGCGACUCACUGCUACGCUUCGGAUAUCGCCAACCGUCUCCUCGGCUGGUCCUCGGGUACUAGCAGCUGCAAUGAUAACACCAUCAGCACGCUCACCGGAUCCACCUGGAGCGGCAGCUCGUCAAGCAGCUCCAGCGGUGGUACCACUACCACCUCCGCCAACCCUAGCGGCGUGACCACCAUCCUGCCCGAGCCUGCUGCCCCAAGCAACACUGCGACCAGCACCACCACUGCCACUCUCACCCCUACCUCUUUGCCCGUGACAGCCGUCCAGAUUGACGAGGCCCAGCCCGCCCCGUCCACGACUUCCCCUGCUUCAACAUCCACCUCUGACGCCCCGCUGUACCCCUACGUCAUUUCACCCUGCCAGGAGUACUACACCAUCGUCGACGGCGACUACUGCAGCAAGGUCGAGACGCAAUACGGCAUUACUGCUGCGCAGUUGCAAAGCUGGAACACCGGUCUGGAUGAUACCUGCUCGAAUCUCUGGAAGGGAUACCAAUACUGUGUGAAGGCUUGA